CCAAGGCCCAAGAAGCGGCAGUAUCAGCUGCAACGUUUCUGAAUCUUUCGGAAAUUAAAAUAUAUAUAUAUAUAUAUAUAUUUAAACAAGAAAAACAGCUGCGCCUACUGAGUCGCCGUCUUUUUCUUAUAUUUCUUUGAACCAAGUCGUCGUCUUCGUCGCCGCCGCCGCCGCCGCAUUUACUGUCUCCGAUAUGGAUGAAAUGGAUCGGUCUCGAGCUUUUGUCAAAGACGUUAAACGAAUCGUCGUCAAGGUGGGGACUGCAGUUGUUACCCGUAAGGAUGGAAGAUUAGCGCUUGGAAGGGUGGGUGCGCUUUGUGAGCAGAUUAAGGAAUUGAAUUCUCAAGGAUAUGAGGUCAUUAUGGUGUCAUCAGGUGCUGUCGGCCUUGGUCGCCAAAGGCUUCGAUACAGGAAACUGGUUAACAGCAGUUUUGCUGAUCUCCAAAAACCACAAGUUGAAAUUGAUGGGAAAGCAUGUGCUGCUGUAGGACAGAAUAGUCUUAUGGCUCUCUAUGAUACAUUGUUCAGUCAGCUUGAUUUAACAUCAGCUCAGCUUCUUGUAACUGAUCAUGACUUUAUGGAUAAAGAUUUCAGAAGGCAAAUGAAUGAUACUGUAAAGUCAUUAUUGUCCUUGAAGGUUAUUCCCGUAUUUAAUGAAAAUGAUGCAGUGAGUACCCGAAAAGCUCCGUACGAGGAUUCUUCUGGUAUAUUUUGGGAUAAUGACAGCUUGGCGGCUCUACUGGCAUUAGAUUUGAAGGCUGAUCUUCUUGUUCUGUUGAGUGAUGUAGAGGGUCUUUACAGCGGUCCUCCAAGUGACCCACGUUCAAAGCUUAUCCAUACAUACGUUAAGGAAAAGCAUCAAAGUGAAAUUACUUUUGGAGACAAAUCAAGGGUGGGAAGAGGGGGUAUGACCGCAAAAGUUAAAGCUGCUGUUAAUGCAGCUGAUGCUGGAAUCCCUGUUGUUAUCACCAGUGGGUAUGCUGCUGAAAAUAUCAUUAAAGUCCUUCAAGGACAGCGUAUUGGUACCCUCUUCCAUCACGAUGCACAUUUAUGGGGCCCACUCAAAGACAUUAGUUCACACCAGAUGGCAGUUGCAGCCAGGGAAAGUUCCAGAAAGCUUCAGGCCUUGUCUUCUCAAGACAGGAAAAAAAUUUUGCUCGAUAUAGCUGAUGCACUAGAAGCUAAUGAGAAAGUGAUUAGUGUUGAAAAUGAAGCUGAUGUUGCUGCUGCACAGCAGGCAGGAUAUGAAAAAUCCUUGAUAGCUCGGCUGCUUCUAAGGCCUAGAAAGAUUUCAGGCCUUGCAAAAUCUAUUCGCGUACUUGCAAACAUGGAAGACCCAAUUGGUCAAGUUUUGAAGAAAACUCAGCUUGCAGAUGGACUUAUCUUAGAGAAAACAUCAAGUCCUUUGGGCGUUCUCCUGGUUGUGUUUGAGUCUCGUCCUGAUGCACUUGUACAGAUAGCUUCAUUAGCAAUACGUAGUGGAAAUGGGCUUCUCUUGAAGGGGGGAAAGGAGGCCAAGCGAUCAAAUGCUAUACUGCACAAGGUUAUUACUGAAGCCAUCCCAGAUAGCGUUGGUGGAAAGCUAAUUGGACUUGUGACCUCAAGGGAGGAGAUUCCUGAUUUGCUAAAGCUUGAUGAUGUGAUUGAUCUUGUGAUCCCAAGAGGCAGUAAUAAGCUGGUUUCUCAAAUCAAGAACUCAACCAAGAUUCCUGUUCUUGGUCAUGCUGAUGGAAUCUGCCAUGUCUAUGUUGAUAAGUCUGCUAACAUGGCUAUGGCAAAGCAAAUUGUUUUAGAUGCAAAAGUAGAUUAUCCUGCAGCCUGUAAUGCAAUGGAAACACUUCUUGUCCAUAAGGAUCUAAUGCAUAGCCGUGGAUUUGAUGAGCUUAUUGUUGAUCUUCGUGUUGAAGGUGUUACUAUAUUUGGUGGACCAAGAGCAAGUUCCGUUCUGAACAUUCCAGAGGCACGUAAAUUUCAUCAUGAGUACAAUUCAAUGGCUUGCACUGUUGAGUUGGUCGAUGAUGUUUAUGCAGCAAUUGAUCAUAUACAUCAACAUGGAAGUGCGCAUACUGAUUGUAUAAUUGCAGAAGACAAAGAAACUGUGGAAGUUUUUUUACGUCAAGUUGAUAGUGCUGCUGUUUUCCACAAUGCUAGCACAAGAUUUUGUGAUGGUGCUCGAUUUGGACUUGGUGCAGAGGUUGGGAUCAGCACAGGUCGAAUUCAUGCCCGUGGUCCUGUAGGAGUUGAAGGACUGUUAACAACCCGAUGGAUCCUUAGAGGAAGUGGUCAUGUAGUGGCUGGUGAUAAAGAACUAGUUUAUACCCACAAGAAUCUCCCAAUUGAGCCCCUGAGUCUCACAAAUGAGCUUGAGUCCCUAUGUUUGGAAAAUCACAGUCACAAUUGAGCUUUCCUUCGUACCUUGUCCUUCAUGGGACACUCGGUUAAAGGGGAAAUUGGAGAAAAGAUGGUUUCAGCUGGGUGAUGCUGUUUUUAUUACUAUUAUUAUUAUUCUUAAUAUUAAUGUAGCACAUACUUGGCAAGUUUAAUGGAUUGUCUCAUCAAUUUUUAGAUGUAGUAGUGAUAGUGAAAUAAUUUAUGAAACACUUCCUUCUGGUAUGGAUAAUAGUCGCUAUUUAAUCA